AUGUGGGAAUAUGUCAAAAAAUUAUCAAAUCUCCAAGAAGAAAUUGGGCUUCAUCUAGCGAAUCGUUUGACCAAAAAACAUAUCGAAUUCCGAAAUUCUAUAAUGAAUGUCAAAUUGGCAACACAAUUAUUGAGAAGGAGUGUUUCUAAGGCAAUACAAUUUUGUCGACAAGAGCUGAAAUUGUCUGGUUUUGAAGACAGCGAGGCGACAGAAAAAUUCAUAAUGGCAAUGAACAACGUUUUUGAUGUUUUUAAUUCCAGAAACUUACAAGCAUAUGGCUAUAAACAGCCCUUGAGUCCAAAAAAUAAAGAUGAGUUAUUUACAGUACUGGAAGAAGUAAAUGAUUUAAUUUUGAACCUAUAUUUGAAAGUCUCGAGAAAAAGAACUUACACAGAACAUGAAACAAAAAAGAUAAUAACUCUGAAGAGCUACACACCUGUACUGAAAUCGAACUCUUUCACCGAAUUUCUUGGAGUUCUAAUUUGUAUUAAUAGUUUAAAAGCGUUAUAUACAACUGUAAUAGAAUCACAUAAAAUGCAGUACUUAUCCACAUAUCGCAUCAGCCAAGACCACAUCGAAUUAUUUUUUGGAGCGAUACGUAUGCAUGGUGGUUAUAACGAUAAUCCAAAUGCCCGACAAUUGAAAGGUAUAUACAGAAAACUUUUGUGUCACAUGGAGCUUAAAUCUGCUGGUUCAGGAAAUUGUGUGCCGCUAGAGAACAUAAGUGUUUUGACGUGCUCUUCGGCACUCAAAUGUAUUAAUUUAACUACUCCAGCAACACGAAAAGAUGAUGAAGAUGAGAGUGAAACGGCAGAAGAAAAUAUUUUGGAUGAAAACGGAGGAAAUGUAUCUCGAUUUUUAGAUGAUUCUUCAUUAUCUGAAUAUACACAACAGAUAGUUGUUGAAACUGAACAUGCGUGUGGUUCUCUUCACCAAGUGAACCUAAUAAGACUGGUCGCCGAAAAAUAUUUGACCAUACGCUGCUAUCAUAUAGCUAAAUUAGAUAAUGUAAAAAGUGAUGCAACCUCAAAACGCAAAUUAUUUAAAAAACUAAUUCAAAGAGAGGGCCAUUAA